CCAAAACCAAAACCAAAACCCCACUCUGAGUCUCUCUCUCAUCCUCAUUCUCCCCCUUGAAUUCCCAUUCCCUAAAUCGCUACCUCCCACAUCCCAAUUUUGACGAUUUUCCUCCUUCCGCCAUGGAUUCUGAGGACGAUCUUCAUUACUCCACCGACGUUGAAUCCGUCGAUGAUGAUUGCGAUUUCUACAGCGGUGAAAUGGACAUGGGUAUGGGUUAUUACAGCGAUGACGACGAUCCUGACGCUGAAGAUUUCGUGGACGACGAAACCGAUGAUUACUUCGACUCACGUCGACGCGAGCAAAAUUAUACCAUACUAAAUGAGUCAGAUAUAAGACAACGCCAAGAGGACGACAUUACAAGAAUUUCUUCUGUACUUUCUAUAUCACGUGUAGCGUCAAUUGUGUUACUCCGCCACUUCAAUUGGAGUGUUACUAAAGUCCAUGAUGAAUGGUUUGCUGAUGAAACUAGUGUAAGGAAGCAAGUUGGCUUGUUGGAAGCACCUGUUGUACAUGUCCUAAAUGCUAGAGAACGAACCUGUGGAAUCUGUUUUGAGUCCUAUCCAAAUAGUAGGAUCAAGUCAGCCGCCUGUGGUCAUCCUUUCUGUGCCAACUGCUGGGAAGGCUACAUUACCACAUCAAUUAAUGACGGUCCUGGAUGUCUGGCGUUGAGAUGUCCUGAUCCUUCUUGCAGUGCUGUGGUUGAUCAAGACAUGAUUAACUCAUUGGUCUCGAAUGAAGACAGGAAGAAAUAUGCUCGUUACCUUCUUAGGUCUUAUGUUGAAGACAACAAAAAGACUAAAUGGUGCCCCGCACCUGGUUGUGAGCAUGCUGUUCUCUUUGAUGCCGGCAAUGGAAAUUAUGAUGUUUCUUGCCUCUGCACAUAUGGCUUUUGCUGGAAAUGCACAGAAGAAGCUCACCGUCCUGUAGAUUGUGCAACUGUGGAAAAAUGGAUUUUAAAGAACAGUGCUGAGUCUGAAAAUAUGAAUUGGAUAUUAGCUAAUUCCAAGCCUUGUCCAAAGUGCAAGCGGCCAAUUGAGAAAAAUCAAGGGUGCAUGCACAUGACUUGCACACCUCCGUGUACAUUUGAAUUUUGCUGGCUGUGUCUUGGUGCAUGGUCCGAUCAUGGUGAAAGAACUGGUGGCUUCUAUGCUUGCAACCGAUAUGAGGUAGCUAAGCAAGAUGGUGUGUAUGACGAGGCUGAGAAAAGAAGAGAAAUGGCGAAGAAUUCUUUGGAAAGAUACACUCACUAUUACGAACGUUGGGCAAGCAAUCAAACAUCUAGGCAAAAAGCAAUAGCAGAUUUGCAUCAAAUGCAGAAUGUGCAUAUUGAGAAGCUCAGUGAUAUACACUGCACUCCUGAGUCUCAGCUAAAGUUCAUAACAGAGGCUUGGUUACAGAUAAUUGAAUGUAGACGAGUUUUGAAAUGGACUUAUUCAUAUGGAUAUUACCUGCCGGAACAGGAGCAUGCCAAGAGACAGUUUUUUGAGUAUUUGCAAGGUGAGGCCGAGUCGGGAUUAGAAAGGCUCCAUCAAUGCGCCGAAAAGGAAUUGCUCCAGUUCGUCAGUGCAGAAGGUCCAUCAAAAGAAUUUAAUGACUUCCGCACAAAGCUUGCUGGUCUAACCAGUGUUACUCGAAAUUACUUUGAGAACCUAGUUAGAGCAUUAGAGAAUGGGCUUUCGGAUGUGAAUUCUCAUGGAGCAAGCAGCGGCACAACGAGCUCAAAAAACACAGCAGGAAGUAGUAAAGGAGGGAGAAGCGGACGAGGUAAGGGAAUCAGUCGAAUCGGGAGCUCAACCAGAAGUGGCGAUAAUGCUGCAACUCAUUGGUCAUGUGAACACUGUACGUUUGUGAACACAAAAUCUAGUAGCACAUGCGAGAUGUGCCAUCAACAACACCAUUGAGAAAAACCUCUGGUGUUUCAACUGAAGUAGAGAAAGAAAGUAAUCAACAAGGAGGAGAAAUGGAAAGGAAAUGUCUGAUUUGGUGUGUGUUUAUCAGACCCUUUUUUUUCUUUGUGUUGAUUAUUUUCUCAAGUCCAUUUGAAAAAGAGAAAGAUAGAAAAAAGAAAAAAAAAAAAAAAGAAGAGGGAGGGGGGAGGGAUGUGUGUUUGGUUAAGAGAGAGAGAGAGAGAGAGGGAAAUGUCAAAUAUGAUUUGAAUGUAAAUAGUUGGCAGUAUAAAUUAACAACAAAUAUGUGUUUUCCCAAAAACCAAAAAUGUAGCUUUCACUUGCUCUGC